CAUACUGACAACACUAAGCAUUUCUCGUGCGUCUUUAAAAAACUCAAAAAACGAGUGAGAAGAAUGAAAUAGCGGGACUGAUAACCACCACUCCUCCGCCGUUGCCCACCGCUUCUCGCCGCCGCCUUCCCUUACUUCAAAAUAAAACCUAUAUAAUUUCCAGUGUAAGAGUAGAUCCGCUUCUUUCGCUCGCUAUAAAAAGAAUAAGCAAGCAAGGAACACACCGAUAGAGAGGAAAGUCGCAUAGUUCGGAGGUUUUCGAUUCUCUGUCCGAAACAAUGACCACAUAAAGCAUUUGAUUCCGUACUCUUACGAUCUUAACUUCAAAUCUCUUUUAAGAUGAAUUUCUGUUUCGAACUUGAAGGAAGAACAGAGAGUACUGUUUUUUUUUGGAAAUAUCUGAUAUUAGAGAGAAGUUUAUCUAAUUCCUCUUUCUCUGAUUCUGCAAUUGAGUUUCUUGUUUGAGAAAAAUCAAUCGGUGAAGAUGGAGCAGAAAAAUAUGCUGAUAUCGGCGUUGAGUGUAGGCGUAGGGGUGGGGGUGGGGAUUGGAUUGGCGUCGGGACAGACGGUGGGGAAAUGGACGGGAAAUUACGGUGCGUCUUCAAGCGGCCUCACUGCAGAGAAAAUGGAGAAAGAAAUGCUUAGGAUGAUUGUUGAUGGAAGAGAAAGCAAGGUUACGUUCGACCAGUUCCCUUACUAUCUCAGUGAGCAAACUUGUGUACUGCUAACAAGUGCGGCAUAUGUACAUCUGAAGCAUGCUGAUAUUUCAAAAUUCACAAGGAACCUUGCCCCUGCAAGUCAGGCUAUAUUGCUCUCAGGACCAGCAGAAACUUACCAGCAAAUGCUCGCCAAAGCAUUGGCCCAUUUCUUUGAGGCCAAGUUGCUACUAUUAGAUGUAACAGACUUUUCUCUAAAGAUUCAGACCAAGUAUGGUAGUGCCAACAAAGAAUCUUCUUUUAAAAGGUCCACCUCAGAGUCAACACUAGAGCGAUUGUCUGGUUUAUUAGGCUCAUUUUCAAUCCUUCCACAGAAGCAAGAAUCCAAAGGCAAGUUAUGGAGGCAAAGUAGUGAUGUGGAUAUUGUAUCAAGUUAUGCUAGGGCUGUCAAAGGUUAUAGUCCUCCCAAGCUACGUAGGAAUGCAUCUGCCUCAGCUAGCAUCAGCAAUCUCGCUAUGCAACCAGCAAAUCCAGCUCCUCUCAAGCGCACAAGCAGCUGGUCCUUUGAUGAAAAACUUCUUAUACAGUCCCUUUACAAGGUUCUGGUGUACAUAUCAAAAACCUGUCCCAUUGUGCUAUAUCUGAGGGAUGUUGAGAAGCUCUUGUUUAGGUCACAAAGGAUAUAUAACUUGUUUCAGAAAAUGCUGAAGAAACUGUCGAGAUCAGUGCUCAUACUUGGUUCACAAAUUGUAGAUCAGGAUAAUGACAGCAAUCAAUUGGAUGAGAGGCUUACUGCUGUGUUCCCAUAUAAGAUUGAUAUUAAGCCUCCUGAAGAUGAAACCCAUCUCAUCAGCUGGAAGUCUCAACUAGAAGAGGACAUGAAGAUGAUCAAAGUCCAGGAUAACAGAAACCAUAUUAUGGAAGUACUUUCAUCGAAUGACCUUGAUUGUGAUGAUUUGGAUUCCAUUUGCAUGGCCGACACAAUGGUUCUUAGUAAUUACAUAGAAGAGAUCAUUGUGUCUGCAAUUUCUUAUCAUCUAAUGAAUAGCAAGGACCCUGAUUACAGAAAUGGAAAACUUGUUAUUUCAUCCAAUAGUUUGUCCCAUGGAUUGAGAGUAUUCCAGGAAGGCAAGCCCAGUGGCAAAGAUACAUUGAAGUUAGAAGCAAAAGAUAAAACAUUUGAGGAAGUCAAGCCAGAAACAAAAGGAUUGCAUCCUGAAAACAAGAGUGAAGCAGAGGCACCAACAUCUAUAGUAAAAACUGAUGGCGACAAUUCCCUACCGGCAUCAAAAGCUCCAGAGGUUCCUCCUGACAACGAGUUCGAGAAGCGCAUAAGGCCAGAGGUUAUACCAGCUAGUGAGAUUGGCGUAACAUUUGCUGAUAUUGGUGCCUUGGAGGAGACUAAAGAAUCCCUUCAAGAACUGGUAAUGCUUCCACUAAGAAGACCUGACCUCUUUAAAGGAGGACUUUUAAAACCUUGCCGGGGAAUUUUGUUAUUUGGGCCUCCUGGAACUGGGAAGACUAUGCUGGCGAAGGCCAUUGCCAAAGAAGCUGGAGCAAGCUUUAUUAAUGUAUCCAUGUCUACAAUCACUUCUAAGUGGUUCGGUGAAGAUGAAAAGAACGUUAGAGCUUUGUUCACGCUGGCAGCUAAGGUAUCCCCAACUAUCAUUUUUGUAGAUGAGGUUGAUAGCAUGCUCGGGCAGCGGACUAGAGUUGGGGAGCAUGAAGCAAUGAGGAAAAUAAAGAAUGAGUUCAUGACUCAAUGGGAUGGACUCACGACUAAGCAGGGUGAGCGUAUUCUAGUUCUUGCUGCAACGAACCGGCCAUUUGACCUCGAUGAAGCUAUUAUCAGGAGGUUUGAACGGAGAAUUAUGGUGGGCCUUCCAUCUGUGGAGAACAGGGAAAUGAUCAUGAAAACUCUCUUAUCGAAAGAAAAAGUAGAUGAAGGCUUAGAUUACAAGGAGCUUGGGACUAUGACAGAAGGAUUUAGUGGAAGUGAUCUUAAGAAUCUGUGCACAGCAGCUGCGUACUGGCCAGUUAGGGAGCUAAUACAACAAGAAAGAACAAAGGAUUUGGAGAAGCAGCAACAAGUAGCAGAAGGUCAACAUUCGGAAGAUGUUUCAGAUACAAAAGAAGGCAAAGAGGAAAGAGUAAUUACUCUCAGGCCAUUAAAUAUGGAAGACUUCAAGCAGGCAAAGAAUCAGAUCGCCGCCAGUUUUGCAGCUGAAGGGUCUAUAAUGAGUGAGCUGAAGCAGUGGAAUGACUUGUAUGGUGAAGGAGGUUCAAGAAAAAAGCAGCAAUUGUCUUACUUCCUAUAAGAUUACUAAUGAUGGUACUAUCAUCCGUACGACAUCCAUCCAGGCAGAUUACAUUGAUAGCAAAGUUUUCUCCUUAAUGAAGAAAUAGGCCUCAAGAAAGGUUUAAAAAAAGGAACUAGAAAAGAUGAUGAUGAAAAAAGUUUCCAUGAGAAUGGUUCUCAGUAUCUAUAAAUGAACCGCUUGUGCUU